CCGCUGGGGAAGCGAGAGCGGCUGGCAGCUCCUCUGCAGCCCCCGGUCCCGGGGGGCGUGAAACCUGGGGGUCUCGUGGUGGACACCAGCAGCUCCUCUCGCUGUCCCUCUCCCUCCCCUAGUCUCCCUCCCUCUCCAACAACUUUAAGAAAGCUAGCUGUGUGGCCCAUUCCGGUAGCCGAUUGAUUUGUAAAGGACACCGGGAGAGAAAAGGAUGUCUUUGGAUCUCCCCUCACUUGAAAAUAAAUUAACACGUUUCUGACCCAGGAGGGAGAAGCACCCAGAGUCAGCCCCUAAGAAAGAAUGCCGAGGAGGCAGCGAAGCCUCCCAGAGAUGUGUGUUGUCCUCUUCUGUGCCCUUUGAGAUGUCACCACUUGGUAGUGAGCUCAGGUGUUAGGAGGGGGACGGGGCUGACGUUUCCGUAUUUCUGGACCGAAAGGAUCUUCGGGGAUGCCUCUAAAAGGAUGUUCACUAAAGUAGAGAAUUCCUGAUUUGAAGUAAUCUGUUCCGGCUCAUGAACGGAGUUAACAGCUUUAAUAUGGUUGUACACCACGGUGCUUGUCUUUGAAGUAAUACAAAACAGCCUAAACUAAGACAGAUUAAGAUAGGACAUAAAACUGGUUAAAAGGACAAAUCUCCUUCGUAAAGGCUUCUCUUACGCUUUCGGAGAUGCGCCGAUGGAGAUCUGGCUGUUAACUACCACAAACUGAUUAUAGUUUGAAGGGAGGAGACUGGGAGCCGCAGAACAGGAUUGUCUUUGGCCUCUUGCAACCUGGCUAGGGCAAGGGAUGCAGUUCUCUUCACACCUCUCUCUCACUGGGGUGAUCUGAAGAUAUCUCCUAACAAAAAAGGUGUGCUGGGCUAUGCAGCUAUGAAGGGAGGGGUGGAAUGUGUUCCAUCCGUCUCAGUGAACCUCUGUUAAAGUUGAGACCAAGAAAGGAUCUCGUAGAGACCCUGUUGCAUGAAAUGAUACAUGCCUAUUUAUUUGUCACUAAUAAUGAUAAAGACCGGGAGGGGCACGGCCCAGAGUUCUGUAAACAUAUGCAUCGCAUCAAUCGCCUGACUGGAGCUAAUAUAACGGUGUACCAUACUUUCCACGAUGAGGUGGAUGAGUACCGGCGACACUGGUGGCGCUGCAAUGGGCCUUGUCAGUACAAGAAACCCUACUACGGUUAUGUCAAACGUGCCACCAACAGGGCACCCUCUGUGCAUGACUACUGGUGGGCUGAGCACCAGAAGACCUGUGGCGGCACCUACAUCAAAAUCAAGGAACCAGAGAAUUACUCAAAAAAGGGCAAAGGAAAGACAAAAGUAGGAAAGCAGCCAACAGCAGCUGAAAAUAAAGAUAAAUCUAACAGAGGUGAGACCCAGCUGUUGAUCCCUUUCAGUGGGAAAGGAUAUGUUCUAGGAGAAACGAGCAACUCGCCUUCAUCGGGAAAGUUUGUUACUUCGUAUGCUAUUAAUAAAACCCAAGAUCUUUUAAGUCAAGACCAUUCAGCAAAAGCUCUCAGACCCAAUUCUAAAAUUGAGGUGAAAUUUGAACAGAAUGGUUCAAGUAAAAAAACUCCUCUAGUGUCCCCUAUUCUUACUGCCAGUCACCAAAAUGUCUUAAGCAACUACUUUCCUAGGGUCUCAGUUGCCAACCAAAAGACCUUCCGAAGUGUGAAUGGAUCUCCAACAAAAAGCCUAACAACCGGUGACAUCACUAAAAACUCCAUCUCUUCUGGAUCUCACAAAAGGGUCACCUCUUCUAAGAUAUCCCUGAGAAAUUCUUUAAAAGCACCGGAAUCAACAUCUGUGACUGCACCCCAGGAUGUGAGUGGGCCUGAGGAGAAACUCCCAAGUAAACGACCCAGGCUAGAAGACAAGACUGUUUUUGACAAUUUUUUUAUCAAGAAAGAGCAAGUACAAAGUGGUGGAAAUGAUCCAAAGUGGAGUUCACAUCCUACAGCUGCAACUCAGGAUUCCAGCAGUGCAUCCAGCCAGAACAGGAUGGUCGAUUGUCCUGUUUGUCAGAAUGAAGUGUUGGAGUCUCAGAUUAAUGAGCACUUGGACUGGUGCCUUGAAGGUGGUAGCAUCAAAGUCAAAAGUUGAAGAAGUCUUUGAAAGACAAAUGGGUGUCACAUGCCACCUAUAUUACCCUGCUAACAUAGUGUCAGCCACUCAGGAAGUUCUGGUGAACAUGAAGAUUUGUAGGUUUUAAUGUAGUUCUAUUUUAUAGAUAUAUACAUGAGGUUGCAAUGGAAAAUAUUCUAUGUCGAAAGGUGCUAUAUUCACUUUUGCCUUGUGUAUCCUGUAGCUCAGAGUUUGUUCUGCAUGUGUACAUGUAUAGUUUUUAGAUACUUAUGUUCUUCCUUGCUCUUAAAUUGCAUUUAAAUCUGUUAAUCUUUUUAUUUAUAUACCUUUCCUCAAAAUACAUUGGAAUCCUGACAGGUAUUUGGUUAAACUGAGUAUUUCUUUGUUCAUAUUAAAACUCAGUCAUAGAACUGAAGCUAAACAUUGGCCAAAAUUACAAUUUCGAGGACAAAGUAUAUCAGUUGUUGUAGGGUACUCAAAGUUUUUUGUUUUUUGGUUUCUUUUUUUAAUCUCAGCAGGAAAUAUAUUUUAUACAUCUCCAAGAAUUUUAUUUCUGUCAUCACUAAAAGGUGGCAGCUGGUUUUAGGUUAAAGCAUAGAAGGAAUAUAGUCAAAUAAACGUUUUAGACGACUACUCCUGCAAUCCUGUAGGCCAGAGUUGAGUGGUUUUCUCAAGAUGUAGCCAGAUGAGUGGUUCACCUGCUAAGGAGCUGGUGUAAGUCACAUCACAACAGCCUCUUUUAUGUUAACAGUGGAACACUGUCUGGAAACAGUAUUAUGAACCUUAAGCCAAAGUUGUAACCGUUAAAAUAAAAAGGAAUACCAUUUGUGCAUUUUAAAAA